GAUGAAAAAAAACCCCUGUCCUGCACUGCAAAUGGCCUCCUGUUCAACACUGAUCGUUUGCUAGUCUGGAGUCAGCUUUGGUGGAUGAAGAAGGCUGGUGAGUCUAAGAUGUUUGACAGAAUCAGACGAUCUGAUGAAGCUUCUGCUUCUUCAGCACAGGGAAUCCAAAGACAUGGUGCUGAAGGCUCUCUACAACAGGACAGCAGUAGCAGUUCACAGGCAAGAGGGCAAGAACAUGCUUGGCCUGGAGUAUCCACUGUGCAAAAUAGACAAGGGUACUGCAACUGUUGCCACGUACACUACAGUAAUCUGGAACAGCAUGUUUUCAGCUCCCAGCACAGACAUUUUACCACAUACUGUAGGAAUCGUACAGGUACCAGUAGCUUGAUGGAGCGUUUUCUGCAAGAUGUUUUACAGCAUCAUCCUCACAGAUACCAUGACAACAGACCAACAUACGAUGACAUACCACUCCCCAUCACUCUGGAGGCUCCUAGGAUUUCUUGCCUGACCCCAACAGAGAUGCAGAAAAAGAGAAACAGUGACACACAGGAGAUUUCCAGCAAAGACAAGGAGUCCAUUGGUGAAAUACACUCUUCUGCUCCAUGCCUGUCUCAUGAGGGCACAAAGAAAACUUUUGUAACACAAGCAGUUUUUCAAAAACGAGAAAGAGGCCAGGAGCAUGUUCCAGGAAUAUCCCAGAAGUCUAUUGGCAUCUGUAGCGAUAAGAAAUGGGUUACUCUGAAAAAUGCAAAUCAUAACCAUGAAGGUCAGUUUACAGCUGUGAGCCCUGUACCUCAGCAAUUUUCCAUCAGUCCUAUAAUCCACAGUUCUUCUGUUAAUUCUAAAACAGGAAAAAAUGUUAGGGAUUUGGCAGCAUCAAAUCUGUUUCUCCGUAGUCGGUGUGAUGAAAGGGCAACAAAGGCCUGCAGUAGUGAUGUGUUAUUGAACCCAUGCUUGAAUCCUGCUCCAGCACUGGCUCACCCAAAACGCCCUUCAGUUUCUCAUCAGAAUCCUACAUGCAGCCACAGCAAUUCUUUAUUUAUUACCUCAGGUCAAUCUCUCUCAAAGCGAGAUAGUUUACGAACUCAGGAUGAAACUUUGGUGUCUGAUCUCCAUCUCAGGGAUACUGUGGGUAUCAGCAGCUCCUUACAUCUUGGGACAUCCCCACAAUUAACAAGAUGCAAAAACGUGAAGACAAACAGAGAUGAUGGAAGUUCAGUGGAUGAAACUAUUGAAGAUGUAAUUUUGAAAUACUGCCAUGAAACUACAUCUGAAGAAAUUUAUAUCACAGAAGAGAAUAAUCCCUGUUUAACUUUUUCAUCACUUCUGGACCAUACUAAUUUAGAGGGCUCUGAAAUGAGUUUUGACUGUGAUGCACCAAUACAGGCAGGAACAGACUUACCUAAGGCAGCUAUAAAAGAUAUAGAAUUCCUAAAAGAGGUCCAAGUAAGUUUGCAAGAUAAAGACUAUGGAACACAGCUCUGCUCUGUCUUAAAAACUGAGUCAGUAGAGAAAACAGAAGCAGUGAAACAGGAUGUCGUAGUUCAUACUGAAGAACCAGUUCUUCCAGCUCUGCCUCAUGUGCCUCCUUCUUUUGUGGGAAAGACUUGGUCUCAAAUAAUGUAUGAAGAUGAUAUAAAAAUUGAAGAACUUGUGCGCGAUUUCAAGGAGGGUCGUUUUCGCUGCUACUUUGACAGUGAAUCGUCAGCCAACUGUACAGGGAAGAGAAUGAAGAAAAAAAAGCAGAAGGAUGAAAAAAGGAUCAAUGUUAUUGAGGGUAACAGAACAGAAAGUGCAUCAGUUAAAGCAUUGCCAGAAUUUAAUGAUGCUUUAAGUGGUGGCUCUGAUUUUGAUAACCCAUCUUUAGCCUCAGAUACACUAUGCAAACCACAAAUACUUAAAAUGCCUAGGAAAAGGACAUGGCGCCUGGCUUCAAGGUGCCAGGUGGUUAAAGUCAGCCAUGGCACCCAAACAAGUCUAUUGAACUACCCCGUAGCAAAAAGGAAAAUGUCUAGAAGAGAAUCUGAUCCAGCUGAUCAGAAAGCAAGCGUCACGUGGUUGGAGAAUGAAAAAACUCCAAACAUGAAAACUAGACUAUGUGCCCUUAAACUUCCAGAGUCCUACAGCAAGAUUAUGAGUCCUGUACAGCCCAAGACAGUGGUGUAUGUACUCUCAUGCCCAGAGGUAAAACAGUGUAAAGGUAAACCUGUAGAUACUUCCAAAAUGAGGAAAAAUCGAAACUCCACAGAUAGCAAGGACUCUGUAAGGUAUAAAUACAAACAGUGUUCUUUCAAGUAUUAUGACCCACUGACAAAUCGAAUUCUGAAAACACCUCCCAAGAGUCCAGUUGGAGAAAAGGCCAAAAAGCCCUCCCACGUUCGACAGCUUUUCAGAAGCCUCAGCUUUGAUGCAAACAUGAAAAAACUAGGGGAUGCACAGAGAGAAAGCACGCCAUCAAAGUCACUCAAUUGGUCAGACUACUAUAGUUCAUCUUCAGCAUCUUUCCUGACAGAUCCAGAUAAAGGGAAUGAUACAGCCUCAAGUCAAAAGGCAGAUGGAUCUUCUGUUUCCACAGAAAGAACAGAUUGUCUUGUGUCUAGUCACUCCGAGAACUCUUUUAAACACUUGAUCAUUUCACCUUUGAACUCUGUGGUAGAAGGAGAUUGUAGAUUAAUUCCGUUUAAUAGAAUUACCAAAACUCCUCUGACCUCCAUCAGGAGUGAGUGGUUAGAGAGGGAGAAUCCAAAGGCAAUAUGGAAGAGAAAAGAAGGCAGUAAUAAAGAACCAUUUUUUUCCAGAAAGGCUUCAGGAUCUAAGUCUGUCACACGUACUGUUGGGAGGAGAGGAAACAGAGUAACCGCAGGCAAACAGACUUCCCGAACUAAAAAACAGCAAAAAGAGGGGUUGAGAAGACAACUUCAUCCUUGUGCCCAGAAAUCUGCUUUCUCCAUCCAUAGGUGCCAGACAAGGAAGACUACAGUAGGAAAGCACCCUAAGAAAGAAAAGCCUGAUGCUAAAAAAUUAAAGGUGAGGAGUAAACCAAAAAGGGCCUUUCUGAGCUCAACAGUUGUAACAGGGAUUCCUGAAAAGAGGCAGAAAGUCACAUCAGAAUCUUUUCCCAAGAAACCAGAGCGAGCUUCCUCCAAAGUCAGGAACUGGGGAGUAAGUGGAGAUAGGGGUCAUCCUAGCACUGUGAACCGACCCUCUCGAAGAACAACUGCUGGACCGUUACUUCGAAACUGUCUUGUUCUGCCAGGUGAGAGCUAGCUACCAAAAGAACUUUUUUUUUUUUUUUCUUCUUUCAUAGCCAGCACCUGGAAAAAGGAAAGAGGGGAAAAAAGGAGGUCGUGGACAACGCAGUUGAAGUGCUAGAGCUCCAGAAAGUGCAAAGCCAGUCUAAUGUGAAACAAACACAACUGUAAACUCGGCUCUUGUUCCUGGAAUGUGGGGACAUAAUGUAUUGCACUGUUCUACUGUGUAAAGCUGCAGAAGUUGUAGAUCUGAGUUAAAAGCACUUAGAAUCCUGUUUACUAGACUUCACCUGUACAUCAGCAAAAUGACCUUGAAUAGUAUCAUAUUGGUUUUAUGGUAUUAUCAGUGCGUGACAGUGCACUAUAAUAAGGUAAUUUAGAAGCUGUGUUAAUUAAUUGUGCCUAAUUUAAUUUCUUCACAUAAUUCUAAAGUGCAAAAAAUGACUUGGUUGUUAUGCUAGAAAUUAAAUGAAGAUACAUCAAUUUGGGCUGAAUUCUGUGUAUGUAUUUUGUGUUUGUCUAUAUGCGCACCUUCUUCAACACGUAAUAUAUACUUGCCUGUGGAAUGGCAUUAAAAUUAAUACAGUAUGAUACAAUUCAGAUCAAUUCAGUGCUUUCUUGAAAUGAAAUGUAAUUUUACACGUUUUUGUAUUGACUUUUUUCCUGAAACCAUGUCCAAAGCAGUUGUUUUGAACAAAAAGUCACUGUGGGCUCUCAUCAAGCAAUAAUGGACCAUGUUGGUAAGGAAAUAUGUCUCUUUAGGGAACUGUUCAAAUGGUGGUGGCUAAAGUGAAAUUUCAAAUUCCAAAAGAAAUAUAGGCUUAGAUUUGGGGGUUUUUUGUUUGUUUUUUAGUAGUUUAUUGAUAAAGUUUAUAGGUGAAUUUCACAUUCCUUAUUGGGGGGAAUGGAAAAGUAAUAAUGCAAACAAAUAAAUAUUUAAAUAAACCUAAAGUAUCAUCCACGUAAAUGUAUUAGAGUUCAAAUAUUUUUUUAAAUAUUUAGGUGAAUUAAAAUUAUGUUCCAUAGAGAUUUGUGCUUGGCCACUGAUGCUCCAAUCAGUAUGGUUUUAUGGCAAAAAAAUCCCCAUGGUAUUUUGAUUUAGUUUUUUUCUUUUUUUUAGUAGUUGUUAUGAUAGCUUAUUUAAUGUGUUUAGGAGACAUAACCCCCAGUCUUGCGGGUGUCUCUUUGCUCUAAAACCCAAGAUUAAUUGCUGAUUUGUAGUAAGUUAAGCAUGUAAUUAAACAUCAUCACAAUCAGGACUUUGGUUUUUAAAUCUUCCAUUUGAUAUAUUGUAUAAUCUAUUUUACUUUAGAGGUCUUUGUAUAUUCUGUAGUGGUACAAUAUGUUUUUCAGAACAUGCAAAAAACAUGGAAAAGCUCAGACUCUGCUGUUUCUGCCAGUGAACAUAGUGUAUGUGCAUUUUCCCCUCAGAAAACAAAACUAUUCUUAAUUCAUUUUCUGAAGUGUCAAGGAUCACUGAUUUGGACUGAGAUAAAGGUGGACUUGGAAAUGGUUUAUUUUAAUAUACAGUAUGUGAAGGAAAUGUAAAAGCUGUCAUCAUAAACCACAUGUUCAAAGAAUAUUUUUGGGAUAUUUUUAAAUGUAUAUGCAUAUUUCCCAAGUUAAAUAGAAGAUAUGCAUGUGUCAGCUGGAAAGUUCCUUUACAAGUCAAAUAUGGUCUGACAGAUUUAUUUGUUUUGGUUUAAUUUAUUUUAUUUUUUAAAUAAAAGUUUAUUUCUAUGGAUGAAUUUUCCUAUGGUUGUCAGUAGACACAGAAUCUUAUGACUGUAUUGCAAGUCACUGGAAAAUGAAGGGUUAUAAUGUAAGUUCUUAUAGCCCUCUUAACUAACUGUGCCUGUAUAAUUUAAUAUUUUGUCUAAUAUAAAACUGAUGUUUUUAAAGCAAAGUUUUAAAGGAAUGGUUUUUAUAGAAAGGCUAAUUUUUAGAUAAAGCAAAAGAAGAUUUUUAAAUAAAGUUUGUUGUAAAGCAAAGCUUUAACUCUAUAGAUAGGUCCCAUUCUGACAUAUUUUUAUGAUACACGAAUGUUUUCCUAUCCAAUUUCUUCCAUCUUAUUUUUCACAGUAUUUUACACAUGAAGAGCAUGAAUUGUUUUAUGUGUGAAUAAGUUUUAGUGCACAUUGUACUUUAAGAUCACUAGUGCAUAUUUGUGUAGAGUCAAAAUACUGUUCUCCAUACUCAUUAAUUUUAAGUUUGUCUUAUUCCAGUACACAACUUUUCCUUGAAAUCUUAAGUAAUAAAAA